AGUCUAUGGACUCAUAUCGAUUCUACCCAUUUUGAGCCUCCUUUUGGGAAUCACAAUAGAGGUACUCGUAAUUGUGUGGUUAGAAAGAGAAAUAUCUGCAUCGAUACAACAACGUAUUGGUCCUGAAUAUGCUGGCCCCCUAGGACUCACUAGCUAAUUUUGACAUCUUGAGCUGAUUUUCCUAGCAAGGCAAAGCUAUACAAGCAUCCUCCAAGCUUUGAAUCACAACACAUUCUGGCCGUGACCCUACGGCCGACAAGCUCUGCUGCCUGCACUGCACGCGCCACGAGCCCCUGAUUUGAGCGGCGAGUAAUCCUAGGCCACUGCUAGUGAGUGUUACUGGAGUUGGAAACCAAAGGAGGUUAUGGAAGAAGCAUUGAGUGACACAAGACAUUAAUUAUUGCCGAUCUGAUCAGUCUAAGCAUCCCAAACGAGGGAUGGCAGAGUCAGCUGUUAGAACCGUGAUUGGGAGCGUGGGCAAUCUUGCGGUUCAUGAGACCAAAUUCUUAUGCGGGGUUACCGUUGAAGUGGCCUUCUUGAAAGAUGAGCUCAUGCGGCUACAAGCCUACCUCAAAGACGCCGACAACAAAUGGCGAUCAGGAAACGCGAGAGUUGCUAUAUUGGUCACCCAGAUCAGGACUGCAGCGUAUGAGGCUCAGAAUGUCAUCGAAGCUGCAGAUUACAUGGAGAAGAGAAGGAGACUCAAAAAGGGGUUCAUGGGUGCCGUUUCAAGGUAUGCCUGUUUGCCGAGUGAUUUGGCCAACCUUCAUAAAAUCGGUGUUGAAAUUCAACGCGUAAGAAGGAAACUCAGUGAGAUAUUUCAAAGUGCAGAUCAUCUGAGAAUUGAUUUGGAUAAUACUGUUGUGGUGAGCGGCCAAGUUGAGGAUGAGUUUCCACAAGAUUGGGGCCUUAGGCAUCAAAACUAUGAAGAUGAUGUUGUUGUGGUUGGUUUUAUGGAUGAAUACAAGGAAAUAACCGAUAAAUUAGUUCACGAAGGACAAAUACUUAGUGUUGUCUCCAUAGUUGCCAUGGGUGGAGCGGGGAAAACAACACUUGCAAGAAAGGUAUACACUUCAUCUAGAGUUAAACAACACUUCAACACAGUUGCUUGGGUGACCGUAUCUCAGAAAUUCAAUGGUGCUGAUUUACUAAAGGAGAUUAUGAAACAAAUUAUAGGGGAGAAAGAUGAGUUAAUUGACCAAAUGCAGGAGUAUGAGGUGGGAAAGAAAAUCAAUGGAUUUCUGUUGGAACGAAGAUAUUUGGUAGUUCUCGAUGAUGUGUGGGAGGAAGACACAUGGGACCAACUAAAUAGAACGAUCAAAGCCUUUCCGGAUACAAAUAAUGGUAGUAAGGUAUUAUUAACCACACGUAAAGAAAAAGUUGCAAACCAUAUUGAAAUGCCAACCCACGUUCAUGUUUUGAAGGAGUUAGACCAAGAGAAAAGUUGGGAACUUUUUAGUAGCAAAGCUAUACCAACAUACAGAAGGUCCGUCAUAGGUGAUGUGAGUGAUUUGGAACAACUAGGGAGAUUGCUUGCAAGAAAGUGUGAUGGUUUACCACUUGCACUCGCUGUUUUGGGAGGUUACCUAUCAAAGAAUCUAAAUUUGGAAGCAUGGUCGGAGACAUUGUCGUGUUGGCCAUCAACUAGAAACACACAGCUGAUGCACAACAUACUAGCUCGCAGUUACAAGGACAUGACCGACCAUUAUUUAAGAUCUUGUUUCCUCUAUCUUGCUAGUUUUCCUGAGGAUUUCAGGAUAGAUGUAUCUGUUCUUAUUGCACUAUGGAUAGCAGAAGACUUUAUUCCACAAGCCCCAAAACAUGAACAAGAAGAAACUGCACGCAAGUAUGUAGCUGAGCUAGCUCAAAGAAGCCUGUUGCAGGUUACUCGCAGAAGCAUGGCACACGGAUGGAUUGAGCAAAUAGGGGUACAUGAUAUUUUACGUGAUUGGUGUGUAGAAGAGGCAAGACAAGAUGGUUUUCUUGAUGUCAUCGAUAAAAUUUCAGGCCAAGUUGGUGUAGCAUUGACUGAUAUGAUGAUAUCAUAUCGUUCUUCUUAUCAAGAUUACACUGGUCAGAAUUUGCAGGCAACACCAAAUCUUCGAGCUUUAAUUGGCUUUCAACUUCCAUCGAUAUCCCUCCCUAAACUCAGAUUUCUUCGAGUUCUUCACAUCCAAAAUUCAAGGCUAAGAGAUUUCUCUAGUGCAAUUGCUGGAUGCAUUCACCUAAGAUGCCUCAGGUUGAUCAGUUGUGAAGAUGUGACUCUCCCUUCUUCAAUUGGAAAACUCCUUUACUUGCAAACUAUUGAUAUGACAGACACACACUCACUAGUACCAAAAUCUAUGUGGGAUAUCCCUUCUCUAAGGCAUGUUUACCUUUGUGAUGGAUUUUCUCCACCAAGCAGUGUGCAACAACAAAAAGAGCUCCGGACCUUCCGGUUAAAAGAUUCUCUUGCUACAAGUAAAUUCUGCAAUCUUGACAUGGUGAGGUUUUUGGGUCAAAUGACAGAACUAACAACCCUGUCAUUGGUAAUACUUCCAAACAUGCUUGCGGAGAUGAUGAAUAUAUUUGCAAACAUGCCUUGCUUGGUUGAUGUUGAACUCUAUAAACUGAGUGCGUUUGACAAAUUUCCUGAGAGCCAUCAGUUUCCACAAAACAUACGAAGUUUGAGUCUAUAUGCUAACGCCUUCAAACAAGACCCGAUGCCGGCGUUGGAGAAUCUUCAGUGUCUUGUGGUACUAAAGUUGGAAGGGUACAGUGGCCGAAUAAUGUCAUGCUCUGCACGGGGUUUUCCUCGUCUACAAAAUUUGGAGCUUUUUAGUUUUUCUUACACCGAGGAGUGGACAAUUGAAGUAACGACCAUGCCAAAGCUCUCCCACCUGAUACUCGAGGGGUUCCAUAAGAUGAGAAAGCUCCCCGAGGGGUUGCUCCAAAUUCCGUCCCUUAAUCAUCUAGAACUAGAAGAUGUGCCCUUGAUAUCUGUUGGACAUGAUAGCACGUCGAAGGAGCUGCAGAAGAAAGGAUGCGAGGUGACUCUUAUAAAAUAAGACUUUUGCUUCAACGCGCUCUCCUCUUCCAAAGUCAAAAACAUCAAAGGCUAAAGCUGAGAUUGCUCCGUACCCCUGUGUUUGAGUUUGGGGUGGGAGGAGGGGCGCACUGAAGCAUGAACGUCUGGUGGGCAUGGAGCUACCGGAUGCUCAAUUGUUACUUUUCGCUAAUUCUUAAGGCAGUAUAUGAAUGUGUUAUUUCUAGGUUUUGCUUUUCGUUUUCUUUGUUGAAUUUCAGCCUCAUACGCAAGAAGUGUAGUUCUCAGGAUUACAUUGCCGAUCGGCAGAGCUGUAUAUGCAGAGCUGAGGGCAGUUUGUUUGGCUCGAGGAGAAAAGCUCCAUACCAUCUGCAUUUAGGACAGUAUCUGUUGAAUUGAGAAAUUGCGGGCCACGUCUGCCGGCUUCUUUCGUGCCGUUGCUUCUGUGCUUUGCUCGUGGUUUAGUUCUGAAAAGCAAUGUGCUUGGUUUGAGUGUAA